CGGAGUUUCAGUUAGUCUAAACCGCCGCACCGCUGGCUGCUGCUGCUGUAUGACCGGGGACCGGUGGAAGGGACACCGAAUUUCCGGUAAUGUCAAUAUUUUACCUGUGAAUUGCUAUGACUGCUGAUGUAGACUGGGAUUCAGCAGCCAGGCAGGAUCACGUUCAUAACCAGCAGCUCCAGCCACCCCAAGAUCAUCGUCCAUCGAGUAUCCCACAAGCGACAGGUGGAGACAAGUUGGGCCACACGGACACAGCUCUAGCAGUGUGUUGAAGAGGGCUAUUUAAACACCAAGCUUUCCUGGACUACACUGGUUAAACACCAUGGAGUGCAGGAUCACCCUGUUGGAUGGCUCCGACUACACUUGCACGGUGGAGAAGAAAGCCAAAGGCCAGGUCCUGUUUGAUAAAGUAUGUGACCACCUCAACCUGAUGGAGAAGGACUACUUUGGUCUCACGUAUCGUGAUGCAGAACAUCAGAAGAACUGGAUGGACCCUGCGAAAGAACUGAAGAAACAAAUUAGAACUGGUCCCUGGAACUUUGGGUUUAAUGUGAAAUUUUAUCCUCCUGACCCAUCUCAGCUGUGUGAAGAUAUCACCCGGUACUACCUGUGCCUUCAGCUGAGAGACGACGUUGUGUCGGGCCGUUUGCCGUGCUCCUUUGCCACUCACUCUCUCCUGGGUUCGUACAUCGCCCAGUCUGAGCUGGGAGACUAUGACCCUGAAGAGCUGGGCAGCGAUUACAUAAGUGAUCUCCGCUUCGCUCCUAACCAGACCAAAGAGAUGGAGGAAAAGGUCAUGGACCUGCAUCGCAACUACAAAGGAAUGACUCCAGCUGAAGCAGAGAUGCUGUUUCUGGAGAACGCCAAGAAGCUCUCCAUGUAUGGAGUAGAUCUGCAUCAUGCUAAGGAUUCUGAGGGAGUGGAGAUUAUGUUAGGGGUGUGUGGCAGCGGCCUUCUCAUCUACAGAGACCGGCUGCGCAUAAAUCGAUUUGCAUGGCCCAAAAUCCUCAAGAUAUCCUACAAGCGGAACAACUUCUAUAUUAAGAUACGCCCUGGAGAGGUAAAACUCUCGUUUGAGCAGUUUGAGAGCACCAUUGGUUUCAAACUUCCGAAUCACAAAGCAGCAAAGAGGUUGUGGAAAGUGUGCGUGGAACAUCACACGUUUUUCAGAUUGGUGGCUCCUGAAGCUCCUGCCAAGAAGUUCCUGUCGCUGGGCUCGAAGUUCCGCUACAGUGGGAGAACGCAGACGCAGACACGCUGUGCCAGCUCCCAGAUCUCUCGGCCUGCACCACAGUUUCAACGCUCCUCCAGUAAAAGGCUCACUGCUACUCGCAGUCUAGAUAUAGCACCAUUCAUGGCCAACAAUGACAAUUUGAUGAAGGACUCAAAACCAGCCUUUGCCACAGGGACCCUCAUCACCACGGUAACGCCAGAGAAAAAGGUGGAGGAAGAAAAUGCAGUUGAAGAUGAAGGCACUCCGGUUACACAGACAGCCGAGCCGGCCCCUCACACUCCUGUCACCAAGACUGCAGAAGAUGCCAAAUCUGAACCUCCACGGGACAUUUUGGAAGAAAAACCAGAGCCUGCGGAGGCGGACUCUGCUGAGCAGUCAGAGGAGUCCGAGGAGCCGCUGCAGCCAACGACCAAUGAGGUGCCUAUUGUUCAUACUGAGACCAAAACCAUCACCUACGAGUCUGCUGAGGUGGAUGCUAAUGGCGAUGCAGACCCUGGAGUUCUCAUGAGCGCUCAGACGAUCACAUCCGAGAACAACAGCACCACAACCACGACACAAAUAACAAAGACGGUGAAGGGAGGCAUCUCCGAGACCCGGAUCGAGAAGAGGAUCGUUAUCUCUGGGGAUGCAAACAUCGAUCAUGACCAGGCUCUGGCUCAGGCCAUAAAAGAGAUCAAAGAGCAGCACCCAGACAUGUCGGUCACCAAAGUAGUGGUUCAUAAAGAGACGGAGAUCUCGGCUAGCGAAGGUGACCAGUGACGCAGGAGUAAACACUAGUCUGAUGGACAGUGCCAUUUUCUCUACCCUAUGGCCCCAUGGACACUUGGCUUCUGUGACCUUUGGUCUCCGAUCCAGACAGCUCAGUGGAUGUGCUGGGACGGUGGAGAAGUGGUGGUUCAUACGACACACACAGCCCUGCACUCCAACAUUUACCAAAAGCUCAUCUUUUUAUUGUAAUGAUCAUUUUACCGUUAACAGCAAUAAUUUGAGGACACCAUGGACGCACGAAAACUCCAGAAUGCAGGAGAAUCUUCGCAACCAUUUGUACGACUGCCUUAAAAUUUUUUUUUUUUUUUUGUAAUCAUGAAGUAUUUAAUUUAUGCACCUUCAUUUUAUUUAUAGCAGACACUUAAUCACCGUGCCAACGACAAAGCUAUAAAUCCAUAUGCCAGUGUUUCAAGGAGAUACUGAAUUAUAGCCAAGUUUGCUGACUGAUUAAAUUUCGUUCAAGUGUCUUAAAUGUUUUUGACUGAAUUCUGAUUAGCAUGAAGACAUGUUAAUCUGGACACGGAGAAAACCAGCACACAGGCCAGGAAUUAAAGGUGUAUCUUGUGUAUAUACGUUAUAUAAACUUAUCUACAAUAACAUUAAUUCUCUGUAUUGCAGUGUUUGUACUUCAUUCAUAAAAUUGAUUUUUAGCAUUAUAAGUCCUAAAAACUACGCCACUAUUAAAAGGGCUGCUCUUGGUUUAUUUGGAACCUGAUCUUUUAUUUCACAUUUUGGUCUGGGGAACUUGUAGAAUUGUACAUCCUCAAAUUUUAAGCUGGGAAGUUAGAAAUUGCAGACAGACCUCUUGAAGCUUGUUUGAAAUUUUGAUCCCAACGCUUUGUGUAUUUCAUCUUCCUCUGGUGACCUGAUAGAACCUGGAUUAUACAGACCUACUGCACAAAAAUGCAUUUGGAUGUGUAUUGGUUUUAUUUUUUAAUUAAAGAUUAUUGAAAUCA